CCUCACUACGCACUCCUUGCCUGCUCAACAAAAUGUAAAUAGAGAGAAAGUUGUGCAUCACCCUCCUGAUGAACGAGUCUAUUACUAUCUGCUAAAAUUUGAGCUUGUGCUUGAGAUAUUGAGUGAUCUUUAUAACACAGUCAACUUAUUGUUCCCAGGCAUGCACAUUGAUGGAAACAUGUGAUGUCAUCUCAUAUGAAGAUUGCUCAAUAUCUCAAGAAUGAGCUUAAAUUUCAAAAAAUGGUAAUAAACCCAUUCAUUGAGAAAGACACACCUAUUUUCGAAAUUUUGUUGAAGUCAAAAGAAGCACGUGAUAAAAACCCAAGUUCCAGUCUCUCUGCCGAAAAAGUGAUUCCGCAUAUCGCUUCUCAGCAGCAGACUGCUCGACUUGGUGCACCCGCCGCCCCAUCAUCAUCAACUACUUCAAAGUCACCUUCAAAACUCUCGCUGAAACCCUCUGCUAUCAAACCCUCCCCGAAGUCUAAACCCAAAGGGUUUCCGAUAAAAAACGCUACUUCUACCGCUCCUUCUUCUAUCGGUGCUUCGUCUACCGCGGCUUCGAGCACAUCAACUAAUCCCGUUAUUGACGGAUCCGGUCCCAACCUGACAUCGGGACUCCCAAUCCCAUCGAGCUUACCACCUGAAGCCGCGCUACAGAUGCAGAAGCUCAUGGAACAGGGUGGUAGAGGACAUCCGAGGGAUAUGGCGAUGGGUAGUAUGGGACAAGUGAGUCCGAACGUGACGGCAGCGGCUGUUGCGCCUCAGCCGUCGCCGCAAGGGAUGCAGGGAAUGAUGCCAAGACAAGGAAAAUCUGGACCGCAACCACAAAUGGGUGGAGUCGUUGGCCCUGGGGGGUAGGAGGAAAAAAAUUGAGUAUGGAUAUGAUACAGUCAUUCAUGCAUCGUAAUGAUCAGGAAGGG